GCGCCUGGCGCCUCCCCGCCCAGAUCCGGGGGCGCUGGGCCAGCGCGGGACCGCCCGGGUUGCGAGCCCCCACCCCGUGCACCCCCCGCGGCGCCCCUUCCGACGGGGCGGACUCUCGCGCUCCUCCACCCCCGAAGCGACUCUAGAGCAGGCUCGCCGCCGCCCUCCUCACAAUGUUGGGGGUGCCGGCGCCCGGGUGCGCGCGGACUGCGGGGCUGGGGGGUGGGGAGACAGGUGCGGCCGCUGUGCGCAGACCCCGCCCCGGAUUGGAUACAGCCGCCGUCGGCCCCGCCCUGGUCUCGGGGCGCGCUGGGAGAAAGCUGGAGGCCGGGCACCGGCUGCUGGCCGCCGCCGAGGUUGGGACAGAACAGACCCUCUGUUGGGAAGAAUUUGCAGCAUGGCGUGGAGCGACUUCCGACCUGCUGCGAAACUGUCUGGGAAGCAUGCUGUGUGGGAGAAACAGAAAUCUCCAAGAAUCAAGAAUCGAGAGACAGAGAUAUACGUGGGCAACCUUCCCCUGGACAGCUCUGAGGAGGAAAUCCUGAGCCUGCUGAAGGACUUUAACCCACUUCACGUACACCGAGUUCAGAAUGGCUGCAAGUGCUUUGCCUUUGUGGACCUGGGCUCCAUGCAGAACGUGGCACUCGCCAUCCAGCAGCUGAAUGGAAAGCUCUUCCACAAACGGAAGCUAUAUGUGAACACCAAGAGCUUCUCUAGGAGGAUCCCGGAGGGUGCCCUGAAGCCCCAGGAGCUAGCGGCUGUGGAAGAAAUGUCUGGGGAAGGAUUUGCUGAAAAUACUGCUUGCACACAGCUCACUGUUAAAGCCCCUGGCCACCCUCAUGAGUCAGAGCAGGAGCUCUCAAGAGGCUUUGCAGUCCCUAUGGAAAUGAGGGGCUCCUUUGUGGCGCUGAUGCUGAGGGAGUGCUUCCGAGACCUGGCCUGGCUAGAAGCCAGCAGCUCUGUGCAUGGGGACGUGGGGCUGCUGGUGACCCGCAUCAUCCCCCAGACCCCCUUCUUCUGGGCCAUGUGCAUCACCCAGUCUCUGCACCAGGACAUGCGGGCGCUGUUCACCAGCCUGGCCCAGGCAGAGGAGUGGCAGCCAUACCUGCAGGAUGAGGCCGUGCUGCGCGGCACCCGGUGUCUGGCAGAGUACGAGCUGGGCAGCUAUGGCUGGGCCUGGAACAGGUGCUGGGUGGUAGACCGAGUGGACACCUGGGCCACAGUCAUGUUCAUCGAUUUUGGCCAGACAUCCACUAUCCCUGUGCAGUCCCUGCGUAACCUGGAGAGUGAUGACUUCUGGACCAUCCCCCCUCUAGCUCAGCCCUUCAUUCUGGACAAUGACAUCCUGCAUUCCUGUCAGCUCACUCAUCACAUCCUUAAAGGGAGAAUCACAGGUGCUUUGGAUCUGGAGUCACACAUCCUGAAGUUCGAAGAGUUUAAGUAAUGUGGUCCUAGCCAGCCCAUGGAAGCUUCUCUCUGCUCUAAUCAGGAUUCUGACUCCUCUGCCCUUCACACCUGAGGCUUUGGGUGUGGGGCCUCCCUGGUGCCUGAGAAAUGGAUUUGAUUCUCACUUGCCUGCAUCCUCAGCUUACCCCUCCAAAGAGAAUGAAGUUCCCUGUGUUCUUUAAUUCCCAACACAGCAUAAAUACUUGAGCCUAACAGAGCUGGUAUGUGCUUUCCUGCAUCUCCUUUGCUCCCCCAGAGCGAGCUAUCAGCUGCCCUGACAAGUCUGGAGAUGGAGCCCCUCCCCCCCCCCCCCACACUCAUUGUCUUCAGGUGUGGAGUAACUACCACACUUGCAGUCAGUGUUGACACACCUCUUAGUUGGGGUGGCCGAGUCCUCUGGCCAGGCAGCCCUGCUACACAGAAUGACUGGUGAGAUUGGGGGCCUGGUGUGUGCCUCACAGUCACCUGUCCACAUGCACUGCUAUGGGGGGGGAAGUGAAUGACAGACCUUACUGGGCUGUAGAUUCCCAUGUGAAGGGCAGGGUCAUAGCUGAAGGUGUUUCAUCUCUCACUGAAGAGAACCACAUCGGGGAUAUAGCCUUGGCUCAUUUUGCUGCUUUCUAACUUCAUUCAAACCCUGCAUUUAAGGUCUAAAAGGGACUACCGAGUUUGGCAAGGGAAAGGGGUGUUUCUCUUAGCAUUAUGCCACUCACAAGGGGGCUCAUAUUUCCCUUCAGGACAUGGAAUCAUGGACCCCAGUAUUUUUUUUUUUCUUUAUUGGGGAGAUUAAUGGUUUACAUUGGACAGUAAAAUAUAGUAGUUUGUACAUGUG